GCUUACAUUACUAAUUUUUGAUUGGACGAAACUUACAACAGAAAAUAGUACUAUUGGUGUAUUUGAUGUGUACAAUCAUUGUGAUUGGUUCGUGUAAAACAUAACCAAUAAAAUUAAAUUUCUCUGUGGGUGACAUCGAAGUAGUCAAACAAGGAGGAGGAAAUCAGGUCCAAAACGGUCCAAAGCAAAAUUGAAAGCCAAAUUACUGUACUAAAUUGAGCACCGUCCUCAUAUUAUUGAUGAGAUAUUUCUAUUAUGAACACAACAGCAUCGUUUCCUUCAGAACCUUCAUGGAGCCGACGCUGUUCAACAGAAACCGUUUUCAGUAUUCAAGGACAGGAAACUGAUAUUGUGCAAGACUCGAGUGACUCUGAGUUGGACAGCGAUGAGGACGUGGAGUACGAGCCCUACACCGCCAGCGAGGAGGAGGCGCCGAUAUCCGAGGCCACUUCGGGCCAGAGCGAUGCCGAGCUGAUCUCGACGACGGUGGUGUCGGUGGCGGCUCGCGACGACGACCUGCAGUUGGCCGACUCCGAGACAGGGUCGGCGGCGUCGGAGGCCGAGGGCCAGCUGCCGGCCUACCGAAGCUGUGCUCGCUGCCGAGCCGCCAACCACAACACGAGAUACCGAUACUGCGACAAGUGCUUCACGCUCCGAAAGAACUUCUUCCCGCCACGGCCGAGACGCAAGCUAAAACGGGAGACUUCCAGCCAAGAGGUCGUCACGCUUGCGCUGUCCCAGGACUCAGGCAUCGAGUCGCUCAACAGCCAGGAGCUGGCGUCCAGCCAGGAAGGCCCUGCUGGCAGCCAGGAAGGCCCCGCUGGCAGCCAGAAGGUCGCCCCCAACAAAGCCGGCGAGGGCCCCUCGAGGCUAGGUAAGCUCAAACGCCGAUCCGAAUCGGCCGACCGGUCCUACAAGCGGCCGAGGCUCAACUCCGGCUCGGAGUCCGAUCGAAACACCGACGAAGUCGAAGUCGCGCCCCUAGUUAAGACCGUGAGCGACCCGGCCGUGACGAUCGAGACGAUCGACUGCAAAUCCGAGAAGGACAACCUCUGUAUCAUAUGCCUCACGGAGCCGAAGUCCGGGGUGUUCGUGCACCGCCGCGUGGCCCACAUAUGCUGCUGUUACAACUGCGCCGUGAAGGUGUGGUCGAAAGCCCGGAGGUGUCCGAUUUGCAACUGCAAAGUGAGCAAUGUGCUCAAAGCGGUCGUGAUGUGAAAGGCGACGCCUGGCAGGAUGGACGCCGUUCUCACACAGCCUAGGGAAUUAACUCUGCCGACGAGCGGCUAUGAUCAAAAUGUAGUUACCAAAUUGUUAAAAAUAUACUGCUUCAUAGUAAUUCCAAUAUUCAACAUUUAUCUGAUCAGGACUUUUACCAUGUGCUAUUAUUAUUAAUCAUCAUAAUCAUUCCUGUUAAUAGAGUGGUGUUUUACUUCGUAUUGGUCUGCUAUAAUGACAUUAGGGCGUGUGUUGACGAGCCGGUUUUUACCCGGUCCUGCGUCGGGCCGGUACCGGUAAUGGCGUACACAACACAUGCACUUACCGGCUCCAGUUCGAUACCGGACUGGGUAGAAACCGGCUCGUCAACACUUGCCCUAAUAACUAUUAGGUCUAGUUCAAAACUUGGCAACACCCACGGCAUUACUCGUCGCCCUUUGGAGGCCUCCGUGAUCAGCAGCUUCGCUCCAUUCUGCAGUGUAGCCUGGCCCAGAGCUUAGUUCAAGUGUCUUUAGGAUUUGUUGCUUUCAACAUCCAUUCGUCUUCACCACAUCUUACAUUUCAGGAAAAUAGUCUUGUACAAAUAAAUGUGCACAUGGUAUAAAUCUCGUAUAAAUAUUCUUCAACUCACAACUUAUAAUUUCUAAUUUUGGCUGUGUGAUAAUGGUGUCUGCUAUGAAAUAAUUAAGCGAUUGAUAUUAUCAUCAAGCCGGGAUAAUCAUUCUUCCCAUACUUAAGUCGAGAUUAGCUUAUUGUCUGAACUAAAUCUAUAUUAGUUAAAUUCGAACGAUCCGAAACGUAAAAUGCACUGUAUAUAAUAUUGUAUAUAGCCGCUUUGCAGAGUUAAUAUAUUCGUAUAAUAAUGAUUAGGUUAGGUUUCGUAUGGAUUAAGUAGGACGGAUCUCAGGUCUGUAAAAAUUGCCAAAAGUUUCGAUGAGUACCUAGUUUACAUUAAUAUGUGCUGUAAAAAUAAUAUUAACUACUAAUGAUACUCAUUGAAUUAAUUAGUCUUUUAAAUGAGAUAUGAAACUGGGUGACAGAGCUAAAAAAAAUAACUAUCUGUGCCAGGUUAAUAGGAUACAUACAAAAAUUACUGAGAUCCAAAGAAAAUUUGAAUGAAGGCCGUUAAUUUAAUACAAACUGUCGACUUAUAAGUUCACAUAUUAUUUAAUAGAAGUAUAGUUGUUUUAGUGGCAAAGUAGCACUCGUAGAAUACAUUUCUUUCGUCCAAUCUUCUGCCUGAUUUAAUACAUUUCAAAACUAAGAAAUUACUUCAGCUAGAAACUAGAUGACAGGGCAAAUGAAGACUUUACUAGUAAAUGAAUAGUUGUGAAGUAGUGAGCAAGCUUGCGAUUAUAUUAUAUGUUUUGCUAUUGCAAGUAAUAUUCUAGUUAGGUGCAAGAAUCGCCACAGUGUUGCGAUCUCUUCUUAUAAUUUCUGAUAG